GCGGUAUUUUGAGACACCCAACAAGCCACGAGCCUACACAGGCCUGGAGCUUGCCCUGUAUUCCCGCGACUGAAGCUGCUGAUUUCUUCUGGUGUGAACUUGAUGUGAAACUAUCCCAGAAGAACUCCUGCCGUGUCAAAUCUGUGAUUCUCUAACUGGCUGGUGAGGAAUGGAGGGGGCAGCUGGCGAGUUUGAGGGCUCAGAUGAGGAGUGGGAUGAGGAUGAGGCCACUCAGUACAUGAUUGAACAGAGCCUUCUGGAACGCGCCAAGCAGGCCAAUGAGCAAACUGAUGUUGAUGUGGAUGAAGUCUUUGAAACAAUAAGAACAGGUGAUGAGAAGACCCUGAGAGAGCUGGCCAAUCAGCAGGAUGCUUUCAGCAAGAAAGACAGCAGGGGAUGGCUCCCAAUACAUGAAGCAGCCGCCCAGGACCAGAAGAAGAUACUGGAGAUUACCUAUGCAGCCUCCUUCCAGGGAGCUGCGGAGAGUCAGACUCCGAGUGGAGAGACGCCCCUGUUCUUCGCCGUGGUGUACGGCCACCAUAGGAAUGUGACCUUCUUGCUUCAGAACGGCUGCAACCCUGACACGCAGAAUGACGAUGGAGACUCACCAUUGAUCGCAGCUGUCAAGAAUGACCAGUACGACACAGCAUCUCUCCUCCUCCACUACGAUGCCAAGGUGGACCAAAGGGGAGCCGUCCAGAGGACCGCGCUCCACGAGGCGUCACUGCUGGGCCUUUCCAACUUCGUCUACCUUCUCCUGCAGUCGGGAGCGGACCCCAACGCCUGCGAUGCCAACGAGCGCACCCCACUGGGGCUCGCAGCUCAAGCCGGACAUUUAGGCGUUGUGGAAACUCUCGUCCAGAGAGGGGCUAGGAUUGCAGCCCAGCCUGCCAAUUCUGGUUCCGUGUUGUUCGAGGCAGCUGCCGUGGGUAAUCCAGACGUAAUAGGUGCACUGCUGGAUUACGGGGCAGAUCCCAACGCGCCCAUGCACUCGGGGCACCUACCUAUCCACAGGGUGGCUUACCGAGGCCAUCAGCUAGCCCUGGAGCGUCUCAUCCCGGUGACCACUCCGGAGGCGGUGACAGAGAGCGGCAUGAGUCCCCUGCACUCGGCCGCGGCGGGGGGCCACUGCCAGUGCCUGGAGAUCCUCCUGGCGGCCGGGUAUGACCCCAACUUCAUGCUGCACCCCCGCGUGCGGCAGAACUACGAGGACGAGCGGCGCUCUGCGCUCUACUUCGCCGUCUACAACAACGACAUGCGGUCGACACGUCUGCUGCUGGAGGCCGGCGCUAUGCCCAACCAGGACCCUGUCAACUGCCUUCAGGUGGCCAUGCGACAGGGCAACUACGAGCUGAUCAACAUGCUACUGCGCUACGGGGCCAACGUCAACUACUACUCGCGCAUCAACACCACGCACUUCCCCUCUGCCCUGCAGUACGCCCUCAAGGACGAGGUCAUGCUGCGCAUGCUGCUCAACUACGGCUACGACAUCCAGCGCUGCUUUGCCUGUCCCUAUGGUGACGCGCCACACAUCGCCCCCGACUACGAAGGAUGGACUCCCUCGAUUAUAAAGGACAUGGUGUUCUGUGAGGUGAUCACAGUGCGCUGGCUGAAGCACUUAUCAGGGCAGGUGGUCCGCAUCAUGCUGGACUAUGUGGAUCAUGUCAUUUUCUGCUCCAAACUCAAAGGCGUCCUCGUGGAGCAAAAGCAGUGGCCUGAAAUCUGUGAAAUCCAAGGAAAUGUGCGCAGCUUGAAGCACUUGUGUCGACUGAGCAUCCGCGAGAGGCUGAGGAGUCUUCGUCUGAAGUCGCCGGUCUUUCUAACCUACCUGCCUCUCCCCAACAGCCUGAAGGACUACCUCCGCUAUAAAGAGUACGAUGUGUAUGGCAGAGGCUGUAGCAGUUGAUCAGACUGACCUUGAGGUGACCUUGUCCAGAAACCUGUAAAUGUGAUUCUUUGUCUAAAAAGAUUUAAUUACUUACUUAGCCACUGAUUGUUUCAGUUUUGAUGAUAUUGUACCUACUGUUGUUUUUGUUUGUGUACUUUUUUUUUCUAACUCGUUGUACAAAAUGUGAAGGAGAAAUUAUUAAAGUCAAAAUGUAGGGCUAAUUCAGUAAUAAUCCAAAUCCAUCAGACUAUUUAGUGCUUGUUGCAUUUAGAUUGCAACAAAACGGUUAGUGAAUAAAGAUUCAUAACUGUA